AUGUCUGAAGCCACUACUCCAGCUCCAUCUCCUCCAAUCACUGGUACCAGUCCAGUUGCCUUGGGUGACUUCACCAAAUUAGGUGCAUUACCAGGUACUUCUAUUCAAUCUAAAUCAUCCAAUCCAGUAGUUUCAUUUUUCAAUGAUAUUUAUACCAAUAUCUCAAAUAAACGUCAAUCUUUGGGUUUAACCAACCCAGGUACCGUUGAAAACAUAACCAAAGAAUUAACCUACGGUACUUUUCUUACUAAUCAUUCCUUUACUGGUUUAAAAGCUGAUUUAAAUAAAAUGUUUUCUCCAAAUUUUCAAACUUCUCAUUCUUUUGCCUUGGGUUCUCAAUUUGCUCCACCUUAUGCUUUUGCUGCUCUUUAUGGUAAUGAAAGUUCUCUUUUACAAGGUCAAUUAGCCAGUGAUGGUUCUUUAAGUUCUAAAAUCAUUUAUUCUUGGUCAAAAGCAAAUAUCUCUAAAGUUACUUUACAAAUUGCUUCUGCUUCAAACUUUAUAUGCCAAUUAGAACACGAAUUUAAUGCUUCUGAUUUCUCUGCUCAUUUCAGAGCUUUAAAUCCUUCCUUUUUAGAUGGCGGUUUUACCGGGGUUGCCACCGCUGCUUUCUUACAAUCAAUUACUUCUAAAUUAGCUCUUGGUAUCGAAACUGUUUACUCUAAACAAGCUUCUAUCGCUCCAGCCGAUGCCGCCACUUCUUAUUUCGCUCGUUAUAACAAUGGUGAUUGGAUUGCUUCUGCUCAAGUUCAUCCAACCCAAGGUUCAAUCACUGGUUCUUUAUGGAGAAAAAUUACCGAUCAAGUUGAUGCUGGUAUUGAAUCUAAAUUAACUGGUGGUAUCAAACCAGUUGCUGAUCCUUUAACCGGUGGUGCCAUCGGUUACGAACCAAUUGUUGAAGGUGAAACUACUUUGGGUGCUAAAUAUGAAUACCAUACCGCCGUCUUUAGAGGUCAAAUCGAUAAUAAUGGUAAAGUCGGUGCUUACUUAGAAAGAAGAUUAACUCCUGCCGUGGCAAUCUUAUUCUCUGGUGAAAUCGAUCACUCCAAAGAAGCCGCUAAAGUUGGUCUUGGUUUCCAAUUCGAAGGUGCCGGUUCUCAUAAAAUCUUUUUAAUGCAAAAUGGUUUAAUUGACGCUAAUGGUAACCCAGUCCCUGGUGCUCCUCAAUUAUAAUCGGAUCAAAAGUAAAAAAAAAAUAAUUAAAUUUUGAAAAAUUUCCGCUUUUUUUGUUCUUUUGUUUCUGAUCUAUAAAUCAUGAAUUUUUCCUUCUCGUUCAUCUAGACUUCCCAUCCUUCCAUCUCCCCCUCCGGGAAACCAAUUAAAUAUCUUUAAAGUAUUAUCAUUUC